CUUCUCUUUACCGACCCAUCACGCCAUCGUCCGCUCACCCUCCAAAUCCCAAAUCCCACCGGCCACUGCCGCCUCCCCCUCCCCCAGAUCGCACCACCCAAUGGCCGCCUCGCCGCCCGCCGCUGCGGUCCUGGGGGUCCUCGCCCUCCUCCUCGUCGCCGCGAUGGUGCCCCCCGCCGCGGCCGAGAUCCGGGAGACCCUGAUCCGCGCCGACCCGCGCAGCAUCAUCCCGCUCGACGAGUUCGGCUUCACCCACUCGGGCGUGCUCGAGCUCAACGUCUCCGGCAUCGCCUUUGACCCGCCGGCCUCCGCGGAGCUCGACCUCUCCCAGCUCGGCUUCUUCCUCUCCACCCUCGACGCCUGGGUCCACGUCCUCCGCCAGCUCCAGGACCUCGACGUCACCUGCGCGCUCCAGUCCGACCUCGUCAAGCUCGCCUUCUCCUUCGACCGCCUCCGCCCGCCAUCCAACCCCGCCGGCGUCGAGGUCGCGCGCUCCUCCUCAUUCUCCACCGCCUUCCGCGUCUCCGACCCGGGGCAGUACACGCUCGUCUUCGCCAACUGCCUCGGCGGCGGGCUGAAGGUCAACAUGGACGUCCGCUCCGCCAUGUACAACGUCGACCCGGCCACCGGGGAGCGGGCGUACCUCUCCGCGGGGGCGUCCGCGCUGCCCUCCUUCUACUUCCUCUUCUGCCUCGCGUACGCCGGGCUCGCCGCCGCCUGGGUCGCCAUCCUGCUGCGCAAGCGCGCCGCCGUGUUCCGGAUCCACUACUUCAUGCUCGCCGUGCUCGUGCUCAAGGCCGUCAACCUCCUCGCGGAGGCCGAGGACAAGUCAUACAUCGAGCGCACCGGAACCGCCCACGGCUGGGAUGUUCUCUUCUACAUCUUCAGCUUCCUCAAGGGGAUCUCGCUCUUCACGCUCAUAGUGCUCAUUGGCACCGGCUGGUCGUUCCUCAAGCCGUACCUGGCUGACCGAGAGAAGAAGGUGCUCAUGGUGGUCAUCCCCCUGCAGGUCGUGGCUAACAUUGCGCAAGUGGUGAUUGACGAAUCCGGGCCAUACGCUCGGGACUGGGUCACCUGGAAGCAAAUUUUCCUGCUGGUUGAUGUGGUCUGCUGCUGCGCCGUGCUCUUCCCCAUUGUGUGGUCCAUUAAGAACCUCCGGGAGGCUGCUCGCUCAGAUGGGAAGGCGGCGGUGAACCUCAUGAAGCUGACCCUCUUCCGCCAGUACUAUGUGGUUGUCAUUUGCUACAUUUACUUCACACGGGUCGUGGUGUAUGCGCUACAGACCAUCACCUCGUACCGGUAUCUGUGGACUAGCGUCGUGGCUGGGGAGCUUGCAACGCUUGCAUUCUAUGUGUUCACUGGCUACAGGUUCCGGCCUGAGGUGCAUAACCCAUACUUUGCGAUUGAUGAUGAAGAAGAGGAGGCUGCUGCUGAGGCACUCAAGUUGGAUGAUGAAUUCGAGCUAUAAGGAUUGGUUAACAGUUGGCAUCCUCCUCGUUGCCAGUGGUGAUAUUGGUGUUGUAUGUGCUUCCACAAGACAAAUGUUAUAGACUGUGAAGGUUCUAUCGUUCAGUUGCCAGCUUGAGAAUCAAGGAACGAGGACAUAUACCUUCAAAGUUCUUCCUGUCUUGGUCCUUUCUUUAGGAUAGGGUUCUAUUAAUGGCAUGAAAUAUAUAAUGUAAGUCUCUUAGAAAGUGAGUUUUAAUUUCAAACUUCAAUAUGCUGCACAUGAUAACAUCAUCUUGAACAUUUCUUGACUUUGCUUUGUAACUAUAAGGCUAAAUUGGAAACUAUGCCAUGGCAAUAUUUCAUUUUCUCAUGGAUUUUAUAUUGAAAAGAAACCUGAUGGUUUAUUAUUUAGAUUUAUGAGCUUUUCAGCUCCAAUUAGUGACACUGGAUUUUAGUAUUUAGCUUGGGGCUGGUCACUCCUCGUUGUUCUGUUUGGAUCCAAUGUGUAGGGCUGGGCUUUAUGAUUUGGUACUGGUUUGCCCUGGCCCAAGCUUGGUCCUGGCAGCUUAAUGUCAGAUCUGUAUUGAACUUGUACUGAAGCCUGAUAUAUAAAGAUGUAUGCCGGGUCAGUGCUCUUAGUUACAUUGAGCAAGCACAAGGGAUUUCAGUUAUAGGCUUGUAGUGCUUAACUUAUUUGAAUCUGUUCUGGGUUUUGUAAUCACUAAGUUAGUUGCUGAAUGAGUCGAAUGACCAAAAUAUACAUUUGCAGCAGUGAAUGUUAGUGGUAAAAUAUGUAUUGUUCAGGUCCAAAUGCUAGCUAUAUUGCUUUGGAUCUACAAAAGAACACAUAGAAACAAGUGAAGUAGAUGCAUGGAUGACUGGAAGUCAAGAUGCAUUGAGGUCAACUUAAUAGUUUUUUAAUACGUAUUUUAUUGUGCAAAUUGGAAGGCAAAUGUACUAUUUCAAAUGAGCUCUAGCUUGACACUAACCCUCGAGUUUAGGGAGAGGGAGAGCAUAAUUAUGGUUCGGAAGGGUGUUUAUUUGAUCUGAGCCCGUUACUAUAGAGAUGCCACACAGCAUGCAUGCCCAACGCUACCUGCAAUAUACUGUGAUCACGUCAUGGUGAAUCUCAUUGGGUCAUAACGGUGGAAGCACUGAGCUCUGAUCACUAACAAGGUGGAUCAACUUUUCAAGUGGAUGGAGCUAUGCAUGCCAAAAGCCUCGGUCAUAGUUUGCCUAGUAAAUGAUUUCCUUUCGGUGUGUUGACAUCGAACCUAUAUGGAUAUCACUCACUCCCUCCCGGUUAGUGCUGGGAGCUGAGUCAGUGUUGAAAAUUGCAUGCUUCCAUAUCGUGGAGAAGCAUGUUGCUAAAAUAAAUUGGGUUUGUUAUUGCCGUGUGGUUGGUUCUGUGGGCACUCUAGCCCCUACCUGUUGGCUUGGCCAUAUAUGUCUUACACGGACAAAUGUUAAUCCUUGUAUGGGUUCUCCUUUACCUUUUCUGUUGU